UCUGUGAAAGUCUUCGCUACCGGAGAAUGGCGACCAUUAUGUGUGAAGCCUGGAAACGCCACAGAAAUUGCCGCUAUAGUUUGCAGAGUCUACAGUCUCAGUGAUGUUUUGACGUCUUCUGUCGGCAACUUCAAAGGGGACGCAUGGAUUGCAAAUGGACCGGAAAUGAAUGUGAACUCGUCUGGAAUUGGAGGCCUAAGCUUUUCGUCGGCAAGUGACUGUGAUGUACUAAGCGUUUCCUGUCUACCUUCACGGUGUGGAGUGAGAGGACAGCCAGGUGCUGUGGAAUUCCUGGAAGACGGCAAACCGACGAGCCACAGAGAGUGGCCGUGGCACGUGCGCGUCUAUCCUCUAAACGAAAAGGUUGAGGACCUCCAGAUGUGUGAUGGCAUAUUAAUUUCACCAGCCUGGGUGAUGACGUCACGAAACUGUUUUCUAAACAUCUGGAAUGCAUUUGGUGCAAACCUUGCCGUCGGUGGAGGUUCCUGGACGAAAGACAAGCCGAGCUGGACAUCGUCACUGGCAUAUAUACGACUAGAUGAGGACAUCAAUCUGGAAGCUCCUAUUCAGGAGGGAUUAGCACUGCUUAAACUGGAAACCACCAGGAGUGGAACAAACAGCACGGAGCCCGUGUGUCUGCCGAACGAUUACGCUCAAGUGUCACCUCGAUGUUACAUGAUCGGAUGGGGUGGGGACUCAGCAGAUAACGGCUUGAGAGAAACGAGGGUGCAGUUUACAACGCAAAAUUGUGAUCGACUAAAGCAAUCUCGAAACUCAGGGGACAGAAACGAUUGCAUCAAGUUCACAUCAAACCACACAACAUGUGCUAUUGACAAAGGAUUUGGAAGUCCAGUGGUCUGUCAGGACGUUAGCGGGCGCUGGACCGUGGAGGGCUUGUCAUUCCAACGUUCAGAAUGUUACCGUGGUGACGUUAUCAACGUUGUCACGAGGAUUAGGGACUUCCUAACUGCCAUUGAAACAACUACAGCCUGUCCUUUCCGCUGCUCAGACCGAGACUGCGUGUACAGCUUGGACCAGGUCUGUGACGGCCAAAAAUUAUGUUCUGAUGACGAGAACGAGGAGAUGUGUUAUGGAAUAUCCUGUAGUUUCGACUAUGGUAAUAUCUGCGGAUAUCAAGUAUCUCCUUAUAGCCCGUCUUGGAUGAAGCUCCCCGGUGGAGUGAUGGACACGACCACAGGUUUGACUGGUAGCUAUAUGGAAGCCGUGGCGUUCGCGAACGAAACGACAGCUGAAGAAGGGUGGCUGAAAUCUCCAGUGAUGACAUCACCACUGUCGGGUUGUCUUGUCUUCCAGUACUUCUUGAUUGGUUCACCAGCUGUGGAGCUCGAUGUCGCCGGUGUCUCGUCAGACGACAAUGUCACUGUCUCCACGCUUCUUAGCCUUAGAGGAGACUUCGGUGUGUCAUGGCGGAAAGCGUCAGUCCGCCUGGACUCGUCCUCUUAUCACGGUGUCAUGUUCAUUGCGCGAGGCGUUGAUGCUGUCUCGUACAUUGCCCUGGAUGACAUUCAGUAUCCGGUUGACGACUGUGAGCCGGGUGAGACGAUUUUAACAUACUAA